UUCUGUGCACAGCUCUUUAGGAAACUAACCUCUAACGUGUUACACGAUAUUAUAUUAUUUAUUAAAAUGUUAUGUAGUUUGGUGUAGUAAAAAUCUGUUGAGAAUAACAGCCGGAAUUGUGCUGGCAAUGCAAGCUCUUAAAAAUGACGAAUUCCGAAAUAUUACAAUUGGAUAUAUGGAAAGGAGAUUGGGGUCUACCAUCAGUCGAUGUGGAAUGUUUACAAGUUUUGGCAUAUGCUAAAUUCAGUGAAGUACCUUUAAAAAUAAAUCUAACAAGCAAUCCAUUUAGAACGCCAAAUGGUCGGUUGCCGUUGCUUAAGGCUGGUCUAAAAACUCUGGAUACCGUGAAAGAUAUAUUGCCAUUUUUUAGGGGAAAACAUUAUAAUAUUGAUUAUGUGUUAACUGAUAAACAAUGUGCAGAUGUUAUGGCUUAUGAUGCUCUGCUCAAGGAGAAAUUGUAUCCAGCCAUCCAAUUUAUAUGGUGGAUAGACAAAAAAAAUUUAGAAGAGUUAGUUAGACCAUGGUAUUGCAAAGCACUGCCUUUUCCAUUAAAUUUCUAUUAUCCAGGAAGAUUUGAGCGGCAAGCACAUUCUUUGAUGCAAAGUUUAUAUCCUCUGGAGGAUAAUAUAAAUGUGAUUGAAAAUGAGGUAUACUUGAAAGCACAAGAAUGUUUAACAUUAUUAUCUACAAAACUUGGAGACGAUGAGUUUUUUUAUGGACAACAACCCAGCGCAAUAGAUGCUAUUAUAUACUCAUAUUUAGCACCAUUGCUCAAAGCCCCGUUACCAAAUCCAGUCUUGCAAAAUCAUCUGAAAGCUUGUACGAAUCUAGCGAAAUACGUGUCGCGUAUUUCACAAAGAUAUUUCGAGAGCGAAUAUCAGAGUUAUGAAAAGCAAAGAGCUGAAAAAACCGCUGACAAAUUAAGAAGAAAUUCCGAGAGUGAAUUUCCGAACAAGAGAAGGAAUCAAAUUUUGGCUGCAUUUGUUGCUACGUUGGCAAUGCUGGGAUACGCGCUCUCCACUGGUAUCGUAAAGGUGCUAAUAUAUUUAUUAAGAAGCAGAAAAUUUAUUAAGAUUCCUCAGAAGAAAAGGAAACGUACCGGUACAAGAUGACGAAAUCUCGGAUGUGCCAGUGGAAUAUAUACUGGAUGAUGAAGAUGUUGAAUAGCAAUUAGCAAAAGAAAAA